AUGUCAGCCAGGUGGCAAGCAUUUCGUGCGUGUGUGUGUGUGUGUGUGGCGCGCCACACCGCAUCAGCCGCCACGUCACUCGCUUGGCUGCGACGCGCGACGCGCAGCUGUCGGGCGUUCCGGCGCUUCCGACACGGCGGGGGCGCGCACGUCGGAAGCCGAUACGCCCGCAGCCGGCAGCAGGCGCGCCGCACGCACGCACGCACGCACGCACCAACGUGCACGUGCGUGCGCCGCAGCCCCGCCCCCGGGGAGCGGCGAGGUGCGGCUGUGUCGCCACACGCACGCUGUGUACACAGCGCACUUGCCGUCACUGCAGGGCGCAUCAAAAACACUCAUUCGAUUCUCACAGGCUUUAACGAGUACUGUGUCAGGGGUUACAAGUGGCCCGACAACACUGCCGCCCCCGCCCCCGCCACGCCCCCGGCGGCGCCUCCCCGCAGUGGACUGGGCCUGCCCGGGUCACGCCGCGCCUCCAGCCAAAGGUCACGCGAGCGCACGGCGAGCCGCCGAGCCGAAGCCUACCUCAGACCGGACAGCCAGUGCUACUGGGGUGCACAGGAGGCAUCAGAACCAGUUGCGCCGCGCUGGCCGCCCGGAUCCUGCCGCUCGUUCUUUGUCCACAGAUUUGGUCCGCGGCGGGUUCCAGCCGCGCCUUCCGACUUCGCUGCCGCCCCCAGGGCAGCAGCAGCAGCCGUCGCCGCUACCACGCCGACAGCCCGUCCCGUUGAUGCCUCCCGCGCAGCUUCAUUCGGGAGCGCCCCAGGUGGUCGCUCCGGCGCCUGCGGUCCCUCUUCAGUCGCCACCGCCUUCGGAGCUGAUGGACGUCGACCCCUCAGCCGGGCCGCCUUCCCAAGCGGUGGCUGUGCAGCCUGUCCUGCAGCCGCUUUCCUUGGGCACCCCCAAGGAGUCUGA